AGGUAGCCCCACUGAGGUUGCUUAUAUGAACAAGUGCACUGAUUUUCAGUUAGAUCAGUUUGCAAGAGUAUCUAUGGAAGAGUCUUUAUCUAUAGCCAGGCGAUUCACUUGUAAAUUAUAUGGGCAAGGGAACGAACAAAGUUUGGAUGUGUUGCGACAUAAAUUAACGACGACAACUAAAAAAUCAGUAAACGAAUUACCUCCAACGGAAGAUGCAUUUUUUCACCAUGUAUCAAGGUGUUUCCUGCAAUGCAGAAAGUGGAUAAAAUGCCAAGAUUUGCAAAUGGAAGACUUGGACCCGUUCAAUUUUGGGUGGAAACUCAAUGAAGAGAAAAUUGAACCCAUUCUGUCCACGCAAGAUGCUAUUCCACCUAAUGUUCGGAAUAUCAUUGAGCUAUUCUGUACAGACUCUUCGUGCAAUUCAGUGAAGUGUGUAUGUACAAAGGAAGGACUAAUUUGCAUUAGCGAGUGUAAGUGCAAGGGCACUUGUAAAAACGUACGUACUCAUCCCAAUGCCGAAGAUGAUGAAGAAUUGCAUUAUGGCCUUCACGUGUAGCGAUUUGCCAUACAUUCUUCUGUAUCCACACCCCAAGAUGCCAAACUCGAAAAAAUCGCUCUAGAUGCGUGAUGUUUUUCAUAUUCUAUUUUUUGGU